GUUUUGAAACAGAGCUCCCUGUAACAGGCACAGAGAGAAUGGCCACCAGCCCAGCUGUGAAGAGGAUGACUUUCGGUUCUGACGUUUUGUUUGGAGGAGGUUCAACUCUGCCCACAGGGUCCCCCUCACUGUAUGACCCUGAACCUCUGUCUUCUGAGGGACCUGCCUAUCAACUUCCAUCUCAUUGGUACCAACAGCCAGAUGUGUUUACAGAUGAAGAUCACCAAAGGAUGGCCCAAGGAUCACUACAGGACAAGAAUCACAGGACUAACCAAAAACUAACAGAGAUGGAGGGAAACAAACAGCUCUCUCAGGCUGGUGGAGGAGAAGAUGUACAGAUUCUUGAAGUUGACCUUGAAGAGAUGUCUCAACCAAUAUGUACAGAACAUGACCAAGAAAGUUGCAGCCAAGGACUUGUACCUCAAGAACCAACAGCCAGCUGUCAGAAAUAUCAGGACAUGCAGGUAUGUGGAUAUGAGGAGAUGAGUACUGUGCAAAGUACAGACAAUUAUUCUCAAGACUGUAGUGUGGAGGAUGAACAACUGUUACCUGAAGCAGAGACACUGAGACAGCUGGAUGGUGUACUCAGGGAACAGAUGAACGAAGAAAUUGAACACUUCCGGUCCAACCUGCACAGCCUUCUGACAGAUCACUACCUCAGGCACCGCUACUUUCUAAACAGUGGGAACCUAUCUUCAGAUUCUGAAGUGCCAUAUGGACCACAGUCAGCAAUCCCUAUGAGUGACAGUUUGUGCAGUUCAGGGUCAGAAGCAUGUACAACAUCAGAAUCACAGGCUUCAGACAAUGAGAACAGAUAUGGCAUUGACAUACCAGCCACUGUACCAGACAGAGGGCAAGAAGAACAUCUGAAACAGCAGUAUCUCAUCUCCAUGCUCACUUCAGCCAGUAUCAUCACCAAUGCAUUAAGGAAGAAAGAGUACUCUGUUUGAAGACCACCACCAUAAUGUCAUAGAAAUCAUAUUUAAAAGACAAUGAAUGUUUUACAGUUCACAUUAUCUAUUAAGGUUUCAAGUUUAACAGUUCACGACAGCAUGUUUCCAUUCUAUACCAUGAAAAAAAUUAUGGAACUGGUAACUUUAUUACACCCAUGAUUUAAUAGAAUAACAAAACUAACUGAAUGUUCUCUAUUCCAAAUUCAUCAAUCAUAUAAAGUCAUCUUGUAGACAGGUAUAUUAAUAUAUUUAUCUUGGACAUGUUUCCAGUUCUGCCAUUACAUGCAAAGCAAAUAAAAAGUGCCAUCGUUUUUG